GUAAGAUGUGGUUCUAAAGUCAGCCUUGAGCAGUUUCCUAAGAGUUUCAGUAGAUCUUCAGGCAGGAAGGCCACCCUCCACCCUUUCCAUCUGAAGCUUAGUAAAGGUCUAACCUCCAAGAUGGCCAAUUACCGCUACAUUAUGUCAAUUAUCGUGUUCUCAACAUUUACGAUGUCUGCUUUAUUUUCAGCCCGAGGGAAUGUGAGAGUCUGCAGUGAGUUUAACUUUGUUACUGACCCAGAAGCAGCUUCCAUUGUCCUCAGCCACUUUACAUGCCCCACUCACAUUGCCACCUGGGAAUACAGUCUCCGUCAUCGAUUACCGUGGGACUUUUUUCAUAAAUGGAUAAAUCAAAAUACUGAAAAAGCUCGAUUCAUGAAGAAUAUAACUGCACUUACUACUCAGUAUGUCAAAGAUGAUCAAGGCAACAAAGAGUUGUAUUUUGGACAGGGGUUUGUGUCCUGUGAUUCCUAUGCAAUGGCUGCUGCAAUUGAUGAGUCUGUUGUCACUGAACAUGCAGUGUAUGGGGUAAGUGUGGAACUGCAUGGAGCAUUGACCAGAGGGAUGAUGGUUCUAGAUACCCUUGAUCUCCUGAAACUAAAGCACAAAGCUGUUGUCUUUCUGAAAUGUGACAUGGAAAAGUUUAAGCAACUGUUGGUUAAUGCUGUGAAAUAGGAUGCUGCAAGCUUUUAAUGGGGAAAGAAAGGAAAAGUGAACAUAUAUUUCAUGUUGUAUUAUUUAGGAAGUAAACUCUAAUGCAGUACAAACUUAGCCAAAUUUAGACAACAUGCUGAUACAUUGCUAAUACCUUUAUCACAGUUACACUGCUUGUGUCUGCCUGGCAUCAACUCAUCUGCUAUGAAAACUUUCAUUCAUGCCUUUACCAUCUCUCAAAGUUGAUUAUUCUAAUGCUCUUCUGCAGGCAUUCCAUCUUUCUCCUUCUGUACAACUGGGGU